UCUGACAAGAGAUUUAAUACACCUGUUUAACUAGGCAAUGAAGGGAGUACGAGGGGACGCUAAGGACACCUGACGGGUUCAUGUUCUCUUGUUACGGGUAAUUAAAUUCGUUCAGGGUGUUAGUGAAGUCCGCUAAUGAAUAAAUAAAUGGAUGUGCAUGGUGUAUAGUUGGUUAGUAGAAAAAGGCACGUAAGGAAAGAAUCCUUUUUUCUAGUCACUUUGCGUCGAAGUGCAGCCACAAAAAAAGGCAAGUCUUCAUAUUCGCCAUCAUAUCAGGAUUAAUUAGACGGCUGGGGUGGCAUCGCUAAGAAUCGAGGAAACAACCAGCUGAAUGGAUGUUACUGAGAAUGUCACCUUCUAAAAUGAAGGCACACAGGUUCCUACCACAGAGCAAAUCUUAGGAAAGAAAGGGACUCCCUGACAAAGAAUACAAGAGAACUGCUGCUUAUAAUAUUGCUGAGGGUGAUUCGCUUCAGUGCACGUGCCUGGGGGUGACAGGAGAUGCUUUGCAGAGCUGAUGUGUUGCACUGAGCCCAGACAUUUCACACUGCUUGCCAAGGCUCAAGGAUCGAUGUCACUAUAGCACAACUGACAGCUCUGUAAUUAAUCAACUAGCAGCCAGUUUUCCUUCCUGUCCUGCCUGGUUUCCCUGCUGCUGAAAUCAGUUUUGUCAAGUGCUGUUGCAUCAACUAGCCUAUUGGGCAAUAUGGUGUGGGGGCAGUGAUUUAAAAGGCUUUUUUGUUGGACGUAUAGCCCCUGUUUGGAUUCACACGUUGUUGCAGAAUAUGACAGAAAUCGCUGCCCUUAAUAAGCACCUAACUAAAUGGAUGCUGCUCCUGUCUGCAGUGCUGACCUGUUUGCAAUUCGUUGGGGGUUUAUCAGAACCAUCACCGCUUGCCAAACAUGAAGAUCGUUUAUUCAGACACCUUUUUUAUGAUUACCAGAAAUGGGUUCGACCUGUGGAGCACCUAAAUGACACUAUCAAAGUAAAAUUUGGUCUGGCGAUCUCUCAGCUGGUUGAUGUGGAUGAGAAAAAUCAGUUGAUGACGACUAAUGUCUGGCUGAAACAGGAGUGGGUUGAUGUAAAACUGCGUUGGAAUCCCGAUGACUAUGCAGGCAUAAUGUCAAUUCGAGUCCCUUCAGAUUCAAUUUGGAUCCCCGAUAUUGUCUUGUAUGACAAUGCAGAUGGCCGUUUUGAAGGCUCCAUUACAAAAACUGUAGUCAAGUUUGAUGGCACAAUAUCAUGGACUCCUCCAGCAAACUACAAAAGCUCUUGCACUAUCGAUGUUACAUUCUUUCCUUUUGACCUUCAGAACUGCUCAAUGAAAUUUGGCUCCUGGACAUAUGAUGGAUCCCAAGUAGACAUUAUCUUGGAAGAUUACCAUGUUGACAAAAGAGAUUUCUUUGACAAUGGAGAAUGGGAAAUAGUGACAGCCACAGGAAGCAAAGGCAACAGAACUGAUGGCUGCUGCUGGUAUCCCUUCAUCACAUACUCCUUCAUAAUUAGGCGACUGCCGCUCUUCUACACAUUGUUUUUAAUUAUCCCAUGCAUAGGUCUCUCAUUCUUAACAGUUCUUGUUUUCUAUCUUCCAUCCAAUCAAGGUGAGAAAAUAUCUCUAUGUACAUCAGUACUUGUUUCUCUCACUGUGUUUCUCCUUGUUAUCGAAGAAAUAAUUCCAUCUUCUUCCAAGGUUAUACCACUUAUUGGAGAGUACUUAGUUUUUACAAUGAUUUUUGUAACAUUAUCUAUUGUAAUCACUGUGUUUGCCAUAAAUAUCCAUCACCGUUCCUCCUCCACCCACAAUGCUAUGGCACCUUGGGUCCGAAGGAUAUUCCUUCAUAAACUUCCCAAAAUCCUGUGCAUGAGGAGUCAUGUGGAUAGAUAUUUCACAAGGAGAGAAGAAACUAAUGCUGUGUUUAUAUCGGAGAACAGAAAUACACUGGAAGCAGCACUGGAGUCUAUUCGAUAUAUCACUAGACAUGUGAUGAAAGAGCAUGAUGUGCGUGAGGUUGUUGAAGACUGGAAGUUUGUUGCUCAAGUUCUUGACCGGAUGUUCUUGUGGACAUUUCUUGCAGUUUCUAUACUUGGAUCAAUUUUACUCUUCAUACCUGUUAUUCAUAAAUGGGCUAACAUAAUUGUCCCCAUCCAUGUGGGAAACAAUAUCUGAGGGCAGCAUCACAGAAAUGUUUUUGUUUGUUUGCUUGGUGAAAGCUUUGAACAUUUUUGAGUGCAAAGCAUGUUCUUAGGACACCAGUACAUUGGGACUUACCUGGAUAUUUUGUAACAUACUGUUGUACAGUCAUUUAUUAUGCAUAAUCUUUAUGAAAUGUCACCGUGGAAAGACAGCAAAGUGUUCAUAUGAAUACAAUUUUAAAACAUAGUUUGACGGAAAUUGUGAUGAACACUUUAAAAAGCAUGUCAUGCAUCUAUAUUGCUAGGCAAACUGCUGUUUUUUUACAGAAAGUUAUUUUAGUAAAUUACAGUCUGUGACAUAGUUGGAAUGGAAAUGCAUUGUUCUUUCAAAAUUAAACUUAUUAGUAAAGACCUAAA